UUCUAGCAAACUGGCCCUCCACUCUCUGCAAAUUUAGCCAAAUCCUGUCUUGUACGUUUAAUAACCCACAGAGAUCAUCUCCAUUUGUAAUUCUCGUGCUCAUACACUUGUAAUCAUGGCUCCCAAACUUGUUCCAUCUCUUGCUACCACUGCUCUUGCUGCUGUGCUAUUCCAUUUUUUCUUGAAGAGAAGAAGAUCAAGGGAGAUCAAUGGACGGGAGGCAAAUGACAAUGCAGCUGCAAACGAUGGAACAGCAGGAGGCGCUUCUUCUACUCACACUUCAACAGGAGUACCUGAAGUGCCUACUCCAUCAGGAGCAAAUAAGGAUGCAGCUGCAAGCAACGGAACAACAGGAGGCGAUUCUGGUACUCGCACUUCAACAGGAGUACCUGAAAUGGAUACUUCAUCAGGACCAGCUAUGGAUGCAGCUGCAAGCCAUGGAACUGCAGGAGGCAAUUCUGGUACUCACACUUCAUCGGCAGUACGUGAAAUGGCUUCUUCAUCAGGAGCAAAUACGGAUGCGACUGCAAACGAUGGAACAGCAAGAGGCCAUUCUGGAACUCGCACUUCAACAGUAGUUCCUGAAAUGGAUACUUCAUCAGGACCAGCUAUGGAUGCAGCUGCAAGCCAUGGAACUGCAGGAGGCAAUUCUGGUACUCACACUUCAUCGGAAGUACGUGAAAUGGCUUCUUCAUCAGAAGCAAAUAUGGAUGCGGCUGCAAACGAUGGAACAGCAAGAGGCCAUUCUGGAACUCGCCCUUCAACAGUAGUUCCUGAAAUGGCUACUUCAUCAGGACCAGCUAUGGAUGCAGCUGCAAACGAUGGAACAGCAGGAUGCGCUUCUUCUGCUCACACUUCAACCGGAGUAGCUGAAGUGGCUACUCCAUCAGGAGCGAAUAAGGAUGCAGCUACAAACGAUGGAACAACAAGAGGCGAUCCUGGUACUCGCACUUCAACAGGAGUACCAGAAAUGGCUACUUCAUCAGGACCAGCUAUGGAUGCACCUGCAAGCCAUGGAACAGCAGGAGGGGAUUCUGGUACUCACACUUCAUCAGGAGUACGUGAAAUGGCUUCUUCAUCAGGAGCAAAUAGGGAUGCAGCUGCAAACGAUGGAAUUGCAAGUGGCGAUCCCGAUAGUCACACUUCAACUGGAGUACCUGAAAUGGAUACUCCGUCAAAAAUUGACCAUGAAGUAUUCUUGAGCUUCAGAGGACUAGAUACUCGAGACAAUUUUACCGACCACCUUUACCAGGAACUUUUGCAAGCAAAAGUCCACACAUUUAAGGACGAUGAAUGUCUCCGCAAAGGGGAAGAGUUUGCCUUAAAUCUUCUCCAAGCAAUUGAGCAGUCGAAGAUUUUAAUACCUAUCUUCUCCAAAAAUUAUGCCUCUAGCCCAUGGUGUCUCAAGGAGGUAGCCAAGAUGGUUGAGGGCAAGAAGAAUCGGGGACAAAAGAUCAUCCCUAUUUUUUAUCAUGUGGAGCCUGCAGACGUUAGGCACCAAAGAGGGGAUUAUAAAGAGGCCUUUCUUGAACACGAAAAAAAGCAGCGAUUUGACCAAAAGACCAUCGGAGGGUGGAGGGAUGCUCUCAAAGCAGUGGCGGAUAUAAACGGACACAGCCUACAAAACGUGGUCAACAGGCGAGAAGGUGAGUUCGUGAAAAAAUUCACGCGGGAGAUUUGCAAGGAGUUGGAAAACGCUUCUCUGGAAGUAUCAGACUACUUCGUCCCUGUUGACAACCGUGUGGAUGAAAUCAUGAAAAAUAUAGAUGUCGGGACAAGUGAAACGAGGAUUAUAGGAAUUUACGGGAUGAGUGGCAUCGGAAAGACGACUGUUGCGAAAAUCAUCUUCAAUAAGUUAUUGUGCGACUUUGAGAAGUGUUGCUUUCUUGGCAAUAUUCAAGAAACAUCAAAAAAUAAUGGCAUUCAAUGCUUGCAGAAGCAGCUCAUCUCUGACAUCGUCAAAACGGAAUACGAUAUAAGAGACGACAAAAAAGGAGCUCAAAUGAUUAGACAGAAGUUGUCUCAGGAAAGAGUCCUCCUCCUCCUCGAUGAUGUGGAGCAAACGGAUCAUAUUAAUGCACUUGCACUUGCAAGUGACCGUGAUUGGUUAGGCAGAGGGAGCAAAAUUAUUAUUACUACCAGAAUGGAAGGCGUUCUCAAUUUUUCGGAAGUGGACUGGAGGUAUGACCUUCCAUACAUGGAUGGGGAUCAAUCUCUUCAACUUUUUAGCAAACAUGCCUUCAGAAGAGAUUCACCUUUAAACAAAGAUAUCAAGUUUUCAGAAAGGGCAAUAGAAAUUGCUGGAGGUCUUCCGCUCGCUCUUGAGGUCGUUGGUGGACUUUUAUUUGGAAUUGAUAAGAAAGAGUGGGAUGGCACGUUGAAGAUGCUAGAAAGUGUUCCCAAUGAUGAGCUUAUGGGUAAGUUGAAAAUAAGUUAUGAUCGAUUAAGUCCAAAACAAAAGGAUAUAUUUCUCGAUAUAGCUUGUUUUUUCAGUGGAUAUGACACAGAUAUUCUAGUUCAUUUCUGGAAUGAACAUGAAUAUCCAACGGAAGUAAACUUGAAAGUUUUGCGGAACAUGUGUUUGAUAAAGAUUAAUGAGGAUAACGAAGUGUGGAUGCAUGAUCAGCUCAGAAACCUUGGAAGAAAAAUGGUUUUAGACAAAAGUGAAGAGAAAAUAGAGAAGCAAACUAGGGCGUGGGAUCCUAAGCAAGGAUUGGAUUUGCUGACUAAAUAUAAGGGACCAAAAGAAGCGGAAGUUCUGCGUCUCAACUUACAGCAUCAGCCGCGGUAUCCUAUUACCUAUGAGGGCUUUGAGAACCUAUCAAAUCUGAGGUUCCUUGAAGUGAAAGGUUCCAAGAACAAUUUUCGUGCAAAAGAAGCUCUUAAGAUUGAUCCUUCAGGGCUACGUAACCGGUUUGACGGUGGGGGGCAGGAACAUUUGACCUAUGAAGGCUCUACGGGACAAUCAAAUCAAAUGUUCCUUGCAGACGAGAGGCUUCUUUGGCUCGAAUUGUCAUCAAAUGUUCUUCAAACUCAUGAUUUUCUAGAGAAUUCAUCUCUCCUUACAAAAUUACGAUGGCUCUCCUGGCAUAAUAUUCCCACAAAUUUUAAUAUUACACAUUUCUCUAUGGAGGAUGUGGUCAUUCUUGAUCUAUCCUAUAGCGAAAUUACGCAUGAUUAGAAGGGGUGGAGCUCCAUGGAGGUGAUGAGGAAUUUGAAAAUUCUAAAUCUAUCAGGUUGCGAUAAUUUGGAGAGAACCCCCAAUUUCUCUGCUCUUGCGAAUUUAGAACGUUUGAGCCUACGUUACUGU